AUGAGAAUCCCCAGCACCAGCAUCACAGCCCUCGCGGCCACCGCUUGCGGACUCGCCAACGCCAUGCGACUGCCCAGCCUGACCGAGCUGGGGCCCCUGCUCUUUGAUUCCACGGCCGUGCACGACGAGCUCGAGGGCCGGGCGACGAGCUCCAGGGUCGCGCUGAACGGCUUCUCGUAUGCGCCGAUGAAGUGGACGGGCGAGAUCGACGACUCGGGCAAGGAGUACUCGUUCUACGGCACGAUGCAGGAAGUCGAGACCCAAGCCCAGAAGGUCAACCCUGAUUUCCAGAUGAGCGACCCGAACGCCAACGCCACGGCGCUCGCGAUGAAGAAGAUCCCCAUCGAGGGCCCGUUUGGAUACGUUACCUGUCACUCGGACACCUGGAAGGCCUAUACAGUGGAGAUCAGGCGCAUAGUCAAGUGGCAGUGGAAAAUCAAGGUGAAGUGCUCGCAGAGGCCGAACACGUGCUCGCAGGUGCAAUGCGCGAGAAGGGGCCAUGAGAGGUACAACGGACACUUUAUCACGUGGUGCAACCUGCGCGACUACGAGAUCACCGAGGACUGUACAGCGAUGGCCUGGGGCACGGAGCAAAUCCUGCAAUACUGCAGACAGCACUUUGCUGCUGGCCACAACAAGAAUAACGACUACAGGACCUACGUCGGCCAGAGCGAGUAUAAAAUACGCACGCCGACGACAGACCCGCCGUGGUCCUGA